CAUGAAUACCGACAAGUUAAAAAAUAAACCAUCUCAAGUAAGAAUUGGAGGUAAAGGUACACCAAGACGUAAGAAGAAGGUUGUCCGUCCCAAUCAGGCUACAGACGAUAAAAAAUUACAAUCAUCCCUCAAGAAGCUAUCAGUAAACACUAUACCUGGAAUCGAAGAGGUGAAUAUGAUCAAAGAAGAUGGAACAGUCAUUCACUUCAACAACCCCAAAGUCCAAGCUUCUUUAGCUGCCAAUACAUUUGCCAUAACUGGACAUGGUGAAAACAAACAAAUUACUGAAAUGCUCCCAGGUAUUCUUAGUCAGUUGGGCCCUGAAAGGUUCAACCAGCUCAAAAGAUUAGCAACCUCUGGUGCUGCUGCUAACGUAGGAAAGAUAUCCCCUGAGGAAGAGGAAGAUGUGCCAGACCUAGUAGAGAACUUCGAUGAAGCAUCUAAAGCUGAAGUGGCCAAGAAAGAAGUAGAAGAAAAGCCAAAAGAAAACUAGUCAACUUGUUUUAUUACGUGGAUAAGUUUUCUUUGUCUUCAAUAAAACUUUGAAGAUCCUUUCGCGAAAUAUUAAUAUUAACAUUAAUGUGUUUUACCGCGAUUUAACUGAUAUACAGAUGGAACCCCUUUUGUUAUUAAAAUUAGGACUGUAUAGUGUAUUUCUAAGGAAAUAUAACAUUUAUUCUU